ACAAUAGAAAUAAGCACAGAAGUAACAAAAACACAGGAGGGAGUGCCGAAGUGGAGGGCAGCAGCAGUAGAAGGCCGCGCCGGGCGCCAGCAGGCAGCAGGUGGUGCAACAACAACAAAUCUUGGCAGCGGCAGUGACUCCGCCUCCUGCCUCCCACCUCCUGGUGAUUGUGAAUUAGUGACUGUCCCGUACCCGAGAGCCGCCCCUGGUGCCGCCGCGCUGCAAGGAUAUGGGCAAGUGGGCCAAAUACAGCAAGCGGUACAAGAAGGCGUGGGAGAACGAGGCAGACCUGAAGGAGUGGAUCGUGGCCGUGGAGGGCGACAACUCCAAGGCGGCGUGCAAGUUUUGCCACAACAAACUGCGUGCACACCACUCAGACCUGGUCUCGCACGCCACCACUGUCAAACACAAGAGGAACGCUGGCCAGGGCACCGUGGUGAAGAGGGAGGCAGGCAAGGCCAAGAAGGGAAGCCGAGGUCCCGCUAAGGAGGAGGCCGUGACGGUGACGACCCUGCUCGAUGCGAAGGAGAGGAUCGAUUCGAGUCUCUUCCAGGCCAAGAUUUGUCCUGACGAGGUGGUGAAUCCGGCCAGCCUGGGGUUCAUUGGCAGUGGCAACAUUGCCCAGGCACUCCUCUCGACAUUCCUCAAGGAAGGUUUGGUGGACCCUCACCUCAUCAUUGCCAGUGCUCCGUCAGACAACAACCUUGCCAAGCUGCGCACACUGGGGGUACGGACCACACAUGACAACAAUGAGGUGGUGCGCAGCAGUGACCUGGUGUUUGUGUGUGUGAAGCCUGACCUCCUUGGUGAAAUGCUGGCUGACCUGCUACCCCUUGAGGAUGAGCACAGCCCUCUGUUUGUGUCUGUUGUGGGGGGAGUGCCCCUGGCAACUCUGGAGGAGAUGCUGAGCAGUGUGGUGGAAAACCCUCGUGUGGUGCGCUCCAUGCCCAACACUCCCUCCGCUGUGGGCCAAGGCUGCUGCUUGUUCACCAGGGGCACACACACCUCACCCUCGGAUGCAGAGGUGAUGAGGUCCAUGCUGGGCUCAAUGGGCACCUGUGACGAGAUUCCUGAGCACCACAUGGACGCCGCCUGUGGGGUAGCCUGCUCGGGUCCCGCCUUUAUGUACAUUGCCAUUGAGGCGCUGGCAGACGGUGGCGUGAAGAUGGGCCUCCCGCGACAGCUAGCACAGACACUGGCAGCCCAGAUGGUGAAGGGAGCGGCCACCAUGGUGCUGGAGACAGGCAAGCACACUGGCCAGCUGAAGGAUGAGGUGUGUUCCUCUAGCACGCCUACCAUCGCUGCCCUCCACACACUGGAGCGUCAUGCCUUCAGAAAUGCCCUGAUAUCAGCAGUGGAAGUCUCGACAACCAAAGGCACAGAGCUCGGUAAAAAUGUGUGAGUGAGGCCACUGUCUGCCGCCAGCGAGUGGUCUUCAUACACUUACUGCCAUGUGGCUGAGAGUUGUGGAGCAGGACGGGGUUCAUGGUGGAGUAGAGGGUGACCAUAACUCCCUGUGGCCGCAGCUCCACCACUGAUGCUGUGUACACGCCCCCAAACUCUAAGUUCGGCUCGUGGUCACUCAGCAACUCCUGGAGGUUCUCCCGGGCUUCCUCCAUUGCUGCAGGGUUUGGCGCAAAUACCGACAGCACGUUGUCCCCCUCCCAUGACAGCUGUGGGGACAGUAACCUCAGGGCUGUGUGUGUGUGUGUGUGUGUGUGUGUGUGUGUGUGUGUGUGUUAUUUACCAUGGUCUUGCUCAUGGCCAUUAACUGUUACCCUCCUGGAAAGAGCUUGGUGUUCAUAAAGGCUGAUUUAUGGGUGAGGCCGAGGCCUAAUACACUCCACCACCUUGCUAAGACAGUGGUACGGUGGUGGUGACUGCUCAGUGUUGGUGACAAAUUACUACCAACUCAGCCAGCACUUCAUAGUGUGUGUGUGUGUGUGUGUGUGUGUGUGUGUGUUUCACUGUUUGAUCUGCUGCAGUCUCUGUGUGUGUGUGUGUGUGUGUGUAAAAGAAGUAAAUUUUGUUGUUCAAGUCAUGUGAUUACAAUUUGUGGGUUUCUGAUGAGGUUGAAUAAAGAUGGGUAAUUGUGAUAGUUUUAUAA